AUGGCUUCAGACGAAGAUGUAAUUAAAAGUAUAACAUUUGGCCAAAAAACAAUCCACGACAAAUUCAAAAUCCAAGCCCUCUGUGCAGCUCUCAAAUCUCCUCGCCAGCUUGAGAUUUUGCUAUCCCACCUAGGAAAAGAUCCAAAACUGCCAGAUGUAACAGAUAAAAUCCUCGCAUUCCGAACUGAAGACGAAGAAGGCUACGACGACGGCUCCACUUUGGCUGCAGGUGAAAAGCUUCUGCACAUGCUAGAAAGAAUGAACGUAGACAACAUUGUAGUGAUUAUUUUUCUAUGAGAUUAUGGAUAUAUAGGAAAGCCUGGAACAGCAAUGUUUAAAGUUAUUUUGGACAAAGCCAGAGAUUUACUGCUGAGUAUUCAUGCAAAGGUGUUUGGGAAUUUAGAUCAAGCAAAAACCAAUAGGCCAAUGCUGGUUAACCAAAAUUUUAUGUUUGACCAACUUCCAGAUCCAAAAGAAGGGGUAUUGGAAAAUCGAAAAUAUAAUAGGCCAAGGCAUUUUAUGAAUGAUGCUGGAAUAAUACCGUCUGUGAGACUAUAUGAAGAGCCAAGCGUUACAGAAGCUGAGCUAUAUGGGGCUAUAAACCAAGUAGAAAACGCUUUGAGGACUUUAAGCCAAUCUGAUAUUAUUGAUUUAAGAAACCAAGCUAAUAAUCAGCAAAUUUUAAAAAUACUGCAAAUGGUUUGCUUAUUAAAAGGGUACAGGACAUGCACUUGGGGGAACAUAAAAGACAUGCUUGACUCUCGAACCUUGAAAUUGGAGCUAGGGAUGAUUGAUGUAUUUAAGCUUACAAAGACCCAAAUCCAGAUGGUAAGACAAAUUAUCACUGAUAAUCCCAAAAUUACAGUAGAAAGCAUGACCAAAAUUUCUAUAGCUGCAGCUACCUUGUUAUCAUGAGUAGAAGGAAUUAUCACAUGGCACGCAGGCCGCAAACUUAUUGGGAGAACCCCAGAAAACUUCUCAGAGACUUCGCCAGAUCUUAACCAAAAAGAAAAAAACAUGAUCAAAAAUUUAAUUGCCCAAAGUUCAGAAGGCAGAGCAAGCCAAAAAUCUUCAGCUGAAGGCAGAGGUAGCCAAAAAUCAUCAGAAGGAAGAGCUAGUCAAAGAUCUGAUAAUAGAAUUCACAUGUCAAUUGAGCCUCCAAUUGACGAAGAAAGCGAAGACGAAGCCAAGCCGAAAAUCGAAACCAAAAAAAUAAACCCCGAAUUUGAAGAAAAACUGAAAAAGACAAGGGAGCUUAAAAUAGAACAAGAAGAAAGAAUUGAGCGAGUGCUGAAGACAAGGCUUGAAGAGGUGAAUUUUGAAGGUGAAAAAGUGGAGUUAACAGAUGAAGAUAUCAUGAAAUAUUUAAGCUCAGAAAACUUAGGGGUAGAAUCAACUCCUGUACUUAUGGCAUUAGUUGAUAAACUAAAAGAGAGAAGAAUUACGCCGGGCUAA